GAUCAACUCUUUUAAUUGCUCCCCAAAAAGGAUUUCCAUUUUCCAAAGCUCAUGUGAUCUCCUGGGUGGAGCAGGGGGAGGAGCUGCAGAUCCUAGAUCUCCAGGGCUGUGAGAAAGGAGAGAUCAUCAGUGACACCUGCACAGCAGGUGAUGAGAUGCUAACUGACAACCAUGAGGAGAGUCUUGAGCAGGAAGGACCAGAGAAAAUGGCUCCAUGUGGGAUGUUAUUGGGAAAAUCUGAAGGAUAUGUUUCUCAGAGUUUUGAGCAGGGAGAGACCUGUGAGAGCCAGUGUAGCUCACAAAAGCAGCAGGGAAACUAUCCAAGAGAGGGACAGGAUAAAUCCAGCCACAGAAGCAGAGGGGUGAAAACAAACACAGAAACUGUUAAUCAGAAAAUCCCCCAUCAACAGUCACCCUGUGCUUGCAGUGACUGCGCAACUCUUAGUAAAUGUGGAAGACCCCACACAGGAGAGGAACCCUUCAGUUGCUCUGAGUGUGGAAAAUGGUUCAGUCAGAGGUCAUGCCUUGUUAGUCAUAGGAGAACCCACACAGGAGAGAAACCUUUCUGCUGCUCUGACUGUGGGAAAAGCUUCAGUCAGAGCUCACAUCUUGUUGGACAUAUGAGAACCCAUACAGGGGAGAAACCUUUCAGUUGCUCUGAGUGUGGAAAAUGGUUCAGUCAGAGGUCAUGCCUUGUUAGUCAUAGGAGAACCCACACAGGAGAGAAACCCUUUAACUGCUCUGACUGCGGGAAAAGUUUCAGUGAGAGUUCAAGCCUUGUUGCACAUAGGAGAACCCACACAGGAGAGAAACCCUUCACCUGCUCUGACUGUUGGAAAAGCUUCAGUAAGAGGUCAAAUCUUCUUAUCCACAGGAGAACCCACACAGGGGAGAAACCUUUCAGUUGUGCUGACUGUGGAAAAUGCUUCAGUCAGAGGUCACACCUUGUUAGACAUAGACGAGAAACCCUAUAAUAGAGGUGAGCAAAAGCCUCUCAAUGGGCUGAAUCCAGCCUGCCUAGGGAUUUGAUCCUGAUUGGGGCCUU